AAACACUUUUUUUUAAAAUGUCAAUUUUUUGGCCCUACAAGGUGAGAACCUGCCUUAAGAAUGGCUUACUGAGCGCCAAUUCGUUUCAAUAUUUUUUUCUGUAAAAUUGUGCCUGACGAUGGAUCUCUGUGAUUCUUGGAGAACUUGCCAUUUUUGAUAGCACCAAGUGUUGGCAAGUAUGUAAAGUCCGCCAAAUGGUGGUUUUAGACACCUUGUUGGCCUCAUAAUGAGCCAAACCGGCGCAGGACAAAGUGGAAUUGGAGGCCUUUUUCACUAUAAGCCGCUUAUCUCAGACGUUUAACUUUGUUUUUUGGAGCCCUUUAUAAUUUUUUUUUAUAGUUUUCACUAUCUGCCAAUAACCGUCUACAACAUUUCGCGAUUUUUUUAUUUUCGUGGCGAUUUGGCUCACAUUAAGGCCUGAGUCCAAAUAUGCAUCAAUUUUCCCCCAUCCAUUUUCCCAUCUUUAUCCAAUCAAAUGCCUAUUUUAGUUUCAUUUGAUCAAUAAUAGCAUCAGAUUGAAAAAAAAAAAACGUUUUAAAUUAACUGCGCACUGUACACACAAGUGAUUACUGACAACGGUCCUAUCCAAAUGAAACGAUUUUCAGCAUGCAAAAAUCCAUGCAGCAGUGCAAAAACUCAAUAAAAAGCAAAAAUGAAAAAAUUUUAGAAUCACAAUAGAACAGAGAUUAUAACUUUUAAAAAAUUUAAGCUUUCAACUAUUUUUGUCUUCGCCACGAGCGAUCAACCAUAAAAGUUGCUAGGUGUCCGAUUCAAAUGAAACGAACUUUAUGUAUGUGUCUGUGUGGGAAUCUGAUAUAAGAUCCGAUUUCUACAAAGUGUGAAAGAGCAUUUCAACACAUCCGAACGCGUCAACGUUUAAAGUUACUUCUUCGUUUAGGCAUCUUUGAUGAUUAACAUACAUACAUACAAAUUAGCUACAAUGUAUGUACAUACAUGUGUACAUAUUCAAUGAUUUUGACGUGAUAAACAUAUUUGUGUACAUGCACACAUCCAUACAUACAUACGUAUAAAAAUUGAUUUAACCAACAAUACGAGGCCCGGUCGGUUUGUACAGCCAGCUCUUGUUUAGUUUAACCCAUCACUUCAUUCUCUUUUACUUGUUUGGUAGAUCUAAGUACAUAUGUACAUACAUAAUUAUUAUCAUUUUUUUAUGGACUUUUUUUUACAAAUAAAAGAUAAAUUGGCUCUUUUAAGGAAACGUGGCCUGAUUGACAUUAAGUCACAUACAUAUUUAAGUUCAUACAUAUACACAUGCAUACCUAUGCAUAAUUAUGGACGGCGUGAAAAAAUCACUCUGCAGCUUAAUUUUAACUGUUGCAUUUGUUUUAGCCGAACAUUCCUUGGCUGAAGUAUUAAAAUGCUUUAAGUGCUCCGUAUCUAUUGAAAAAUAUGUUGUAGACAAUAAAUCGAUUACUACACCACUGUGUUCGCAGUUUCAAAAGUCUUCUAAUUACAUCGUACCGUGCCCAUAUUCAACGAUGUGUUUGAAAUCUAUUUCAAUUCUGCGCCUACAAAAUGGCCAGAACCAAGAAGCUGUUACCAGAGGAUGUGCCCAACAAAAAAAUACAACUCAGAAGGCUUAUGGUGAUGCAGUUUUAUCGAGAACACGUGCUUUUGAGUGGUACAAAGCAUUCCAAGAGGGUCGUAAGAUUCUCGAAGACAUGCCUCGUUCGGGACGACCAUCCACCUCUCUCACCGACACUAACAUCGAUGCAGUGAAGGAAUUUAUUUUUGAAAAUCAUCAUGUCAGCUUACGAGAGAUAGCACAAGUCCUGAACAUCUCUCACGAGUCAAUUCGUACCAUUUUGACUGACCGUUUGGGUAUGAAACGAGUCGCUGCACGGCUUGUUCCAAUGCGCCGCCGCAUCGAGCUACCAUUGUCAACGAAUACAAGGUCAAAAACUCGAUAAAUACCAUCGAACAAGCUCCGUAUUCGCCAGAUUUAGCUCCGUGCGACUUCUUUUUGUUUCCUCGACUCAAGUUGCCGCUUCGUGGAACCCGUUUUAGCACCAUUGAAGACAUUAAACAAAAUUCGGCACGGGAGUUGAAGGCUAUCCCGGAAAACGCUUAUAAAAAAUGUUUCGAAGACUGGAAGAAUCGCUGGCAUAUGUAUAUUGCCUCUAAUGGGGACUACUUUGAAGGCGACAAAAUAAAUUUGGAUGAAUAAAUAGAAAAUGUGAGUGUUAUUAACCCAGUCCCGGUACUUUUUUGACAG